GAGCCAUCGAGCAGUGGGAACAGGAGACUGGUUUCUCAAAUUUUGGGAGUAUCAGCAAUGGAAGACAACUCCCGGGAUCAUAUAUUGGCUGAACGGAGUUGCGUGGUGUGGCAAGUCGGUUCUUUGGUAUGCAUGGAAGCUCUAGUGAUGAAGCGAGGAUAAUAAUCGGAAGCUCAACAAUCAUGGAUGAUAUUGUUUUGACUCCCAGCAAUUGUCAGGGAAGGAGAUAUGCUUACUGGUACUUCCAGUUCAGUGACCUUCAAACACAGCGACUGGAUGACAUGAUCAGAUCCAUAAUUCGACAGCUCUGCCCGGUUUCCCUUCCCGACUCAAUCCGGAAGCCCUGGAAAGAGCACCACAGUAGGGGAAUCCUACUUGAUGUGGGGAGACUUGUGGCUGCCCAUAAUGAUGUCUUGACUGGCCUCAACGACGAGGUGUUUUUCAUCUUGGAUGCAUUGGAUAAAUGCCCUGAGUCGUCUGCAUCCAAAUAACGCAGCUCACUCCUCCGCCUUCUCAUUGAUAUUAUGGAGAGGCAUGAGAAUAAGCUUCAUAUUGUCGUGACCAGUCGCCCUGAAUUGGAUAUCAAGGCCAAGCUCGAUAAGUAUCCGUCAUUGGACCUGGAGCAAAAAUUGGGGAAUGAUGUCGAAGCA